GCGCGAGCCGCUGAGAAUAAAAGUCCUGCGGAGCAGCGAGAGAACAGAGUUCAUCACCUCUCAGCUCCAGUCUCUCAGUAUGGGGAACAUCAUCGCCUACAUCCUUUCUCGGCUCACUGAGAAGAAGCAGAUGAGAAUAUUGAUGGUUGGUCUGGAUGCAGCAGGAAAGACCACCAUCCUCUACAAACUCAAACUGGGGGAAGUCGUCACAACCAUCCCAACUCUUGGCUUCAACGUUGAGACUGUGGAGUACAAGAACAUCUCUUUCACCGUGUGGGACGUAGGUGGACAGGAUGUUAUCAGACGUCUCUGGAGACACUACUAUCAGAACACCAGUGGCCUCAUCUUUGUGGUGGACAGCAAUGACAGUGAACGCAUAGAUGAAGCCUCAGCAGAGCUGCAUACCAUGCUUCAAGAAGAUGAGCUGAGGGACGCUGUCGUGCUGGUUCUCGCUAACAAACAGGAUUUACCCAACGCUGUGCCAGUGCAAAAGAUAACUGAGAGGCUGGGUUUGCACACAAUGAAAGGAAGAAAUUGGUACGUCCAGCCGGCCUGUGCAGUAAAUGGAACAGGUUUAUAUGAAGGACUGGACUGGCUAUCGAAUCAGCUCUCCAAAAAAUAAAAAUGUUCAUGUUCUUGUGAUCAAUUUUUUUAUUGGUUAAAAUGUUUAUGUUUUAAGGGCACUUCUUAAAGAAUGGUAAACUGCACUUUGUUUUAUAUUCAGAUGUAAGCCUAUACAUUAUGGUAUAGGUUAUAUAAUUGCCUCCUUAUGCACUUUUUCUGUCAAUCUUUUAUUUACAACUCAUGUAUUUAUACUCAUUUGCCAAUAUUCUCUCAGGAAUAUGUUGUUUAAUUGUUGUAAAUGUAUGCCUGUGACUGUAAAUA